AUGUUGGAACGUGGAGGAUUUCUUCUGCGUAAAUGGUCAUCCAAUGACUUGUCAGUGUUAGAGAAUAUACCCCAGGAGUUGAGAAAUGAUUCUGAGGCUAUGAAAAUUCAAGACGAUAGCUCAAUCAAAGUUUUAGGAAUUAAUUGGAACCCCCGUGAAGACUACUUUAACUUUUCCGUAUCCAUUUCUGGUGAAAAGCUUAAAUACUCUAAAAGAGAUAUCCUUUCUGAUUUAGCGAAAAUAUUUGACCCAUUGGGUUGGCUUGCUCCUUGUAUUAUUUAUGUCAAAAUCUUGAUACAAGAGAUGUGGAAACUCCAUUUAUCGUAA